CACAAAAUCUGCCGGUGAUAGAGGCGGAGAAUGAAAGUGUCCGUAUCCGGACGAAGUUUCCAGCGGCAAGAUCUUUUUCUUAUAGAGUUUUGCGAGCCCCUUGAGAAUGUAUUCUUUAUCAAAGCUAGAAAGAUCCAUGCCGCUCGAUCCGUCUCCAGAGUUUUCGUCACCUAUACCACCACCAAAGGCGGAAUUCAUAUCCAUUUCGGGUUCCUCCUCUUCUUGGUAUAGUGAAGGAUCACCCGGCAAAGAAGGGUACUGCUGUUCCUGGCCAUGACCCGAUGGGAGUGGCGGUGGACCCUGGUUUGGAUUUUCUCCGUAUGGUCCGGAUGGAUGACUUGGUGGGUGUUGGUGAUAGUAAGGAUCGCUCUGCUGUGGAUAGUAUGGGGGUUGUUGGGAAUUGUACCUCGGAUCACCCCCAUGGUCGCCAGCGGGAUAUUGCUGCUGUUGUGAAUCGUAGUGGUAUCGAUUAUGCCCACCUUGCUGCUGCGGACUGCGUCCAUUUUGAACCCCAUCACCGUCUCCGUAUUCGGGUAAAUCUGGGGGUAGGUUUGCACCUCUAUAGUCGGGAUACGAUGCUUCCCCGCCUCGAAUUUGCAAAAACCGGCCUAUCGAACGAGGCGUCCCUUUUCCUCCAUAACAUCGACGUAUUGUCGCCGAGCCGAGUACGCAUAGCAGCAAUCGCAGCGUUGAUGAUGAUGUUUUCAUUUUCUUAGAGUUACAGUUUCGUUUCCAGGCAGUAUCACUUUGAUCGCGGUCAACAAUGAUGCUUGUCGACAAUGGUACGAGUCUGCAGACUCUCAAAUAUAAAUAGUAUGUGCAAUCUUGAACGAUGAAGCAGUCCCAAAUUUUUGUAUUUCGAAUCUCCAAGCUAUCGUACCAUGUACCUGUACGUACCGUUACAGGCACGAGUAACGGCAUGUUUACUACGAUUUACUACGAUGGUGACAAUGAUCAAAAAUCGGUGAUGAUGCAACGUGUAGGAUGCCAGUAUUGUUUCUCGGAAGAUGUUUAUCCAAGUACGUAUGUCAUACCGAUAUGUAGGUACCGUACGAAUAAAGUUAGGGGUCAGCAACGCAAUGUGAGCCUAAAUCACGAGUAGAUAGUGAAUAAGCUCACUCUUUAUUGUAAACACGUAGUUAUACGGCACUAAAGAGCACACAUACAUUUUGCAGGUUAUGAGCAACAACAACAAACACACCUCACAUGCUCAUCAGACCACACUCCACAAAGCCGGUCUGGAAGCAAUAAACUUCCAAGCCAAACAAUUUGAAAAACGUUGCGAUGCAAUGGUCCACAACGCAUUUUUUCUAUCCUUGACCGUUGCACAACAAUGCCGUUGCAUAAUAAAAUGUAUUAAAAAUAUAACUACUUGRAGSUUUUACCUAUUGGUGCUUGAACAAGGUCAUAAUACUUAUCAAUCACAUCAGGGUGAGGAGGCUUAUUGUAUGCAUGAUCUGCAACACCAGGAGGAAGAAUAUCAAGGCACCCAUGAUGACUUUUCUUUACAGUAGAAUUCUUCUUACUCAUACUUGUGGUACUGCUUCCAGUACUACUAGUUGGUGCUUUUGUAAAGUGGCUGUUUGAUAAUUGUGAGGGAUUGGAAUAUGGUGGAAAAGGUGUUCUUUUUGUAACCCUCCUCCUGUUGCAAAAUACAAUGGUCCAACACGAGCAUUGCCUACUAAAUAUUUAGUCCCACAUGGCUGGUACAGUAAUUACUACUAGUUUACUACUAUAAAACCUCUCUUAGAAUGUACAACAAUUCAUAGUAUUAAAAUUUGCAAGAAGGGUGCAGGAGCAGCACCAACAAAACCCCCUAACACAGCAGUUCGUAUUGCUCACUACCAUAACAUCCUCACUAGUAGUAGUAAGUAGUAAUAGAAGUUUUCCAGUAGUAAGCACUAAUAGUCAUUCAAAAGUGGUAACCAAUGAAUUUACCUCUUCAGUAGUAAGGACCACUAAUAGAAAUAUUUUGGGACAAGGUUUUUGUGUGGAGGGGGGGGGGAGAGGGGAAAUGGAGAUGGGAGAAUGAAAAAAAACAAAUUUUUAGUCCCAUAUGAUUCAGUCUUGCAACGCCGUUGUGUACUGGUAGAGUGUAGCGUUGCACUGUUGCAAAAUUUUUAACCCUAGUGCAGCGUUGCAAUGCUCAAUUAGCAUUGCGUUGCUGACCCCUAAAUAAAGUGCUAAUGUAAAAUGUGCUUUUACCUUCUACCGGUACCAGUACUCAAAAAUGUACUGUAUGUMCGUUAGUACAGUACUCCUACUACUUUUUACUUCUUAUAUUUUUUGUACAAAAGCAUAAGUACAAUCAAAAGUUGUACGAUAGUGAGUCAUUUCAUUCCCAGAAUACCAGGCGCCUAGACCCAGAUAUACAGGGCUACUGGUGGGAUUACAGGAAUCAAAUUUAGGGGGCCUAUACCAUAGUGCCAUAGGUCAUACUACUGGUAGUACUACUAGUAGUACUAGUAGUAGUACCGGUACUACUACUACUAGUACUAGUAGAAUAUGGUGGGCAGCCAGUGGAAUCUCCUUUUUCUCAUUCUUACUUCUUGUUAUUGCUGCUGCUGGAUGAUUAUUCUUUUGCUGCUGAAAAGAACAAUCCUCCCAUACCACCAGCACCAUACUUAGAAUUCCACAUCCCCUUGUUGCAAAAAUCUUUCAAACAAUCACCUGCUGAAACCCUUGAAAAGUUCUGUAUUUGCUAAUUGUAUGAUGGCCCUGGCACCUGAGAGGUCGUACUAGGAACAGCACUUGCUGUUCUCCUUCAAUAUGUCAAUGGUCCUUGUUGAGACAAUCACUUUCUCCUGGUGGGCCCUGCUUCUGGAGGAUGAGGAGGAAGAAGGUCAGAAAGGAUGCUCAAAGAAGGAGGGACAGGAGAGAACCAAGAAGAAUUGAACUGUGAAGAUMUGCUGAAUCUCCCUUUGUUUUUGUUGUCCUCCAUUCUGGUAGUGAUCAGGGGCUUCUCAAUUGCUGUGGUGUCAAUCACAGUGCUGUCUUAAGUGAUCUCCUUGCCAUCUUUGAACCAGCAUUGGACAGAGAUAUCAUGAUUGAUGAGGGACAACACCAUCCAAUUACGGACUCUGUCAAAGAAUGGAAGACUGAUCAGUAGGAAGCAUUAGGCAAAUGCAACCUGCUGUCUUGGAUUAGUGUUACUGUUUGGUGGUAAAGAACAAGAGUAUCUGUAGCAAGAUCCUCAACACUGCCCUUUGGACUGACCUCAACCAUGAUGUACAAGUGUUUGAAAUACUCCAGGAAGGUUCUCCUCUUUGUGUUGCAAAGGCAUCUUCAUGCAAUGGUGUCGAUGUCUUCCAGAGAAGAUAUUGAGGAUACAUAUGUUGAGGCUGUAAGGAGAAAUACCCCUUGCUUGGACAGCAACAUGUUUGGGCUGCCGUGAAUGGUCUCAAGGUUGAUUUGCAGCAAUCUGGCAAUUAUACCAUCCAAAAUCAGCAUUAUAAUGGAUGGAAAGCUGCCACAUUUAUCAACAGUGUCUUUGUCUUUGCCCCUGCUACUAGAAGGACUCAGAUCUGCACCUACAAUUGUAUGGGAAGCUGGCAUGAUAGCACCAUGUCCGAUUAUGGUGUUCCAGUAUGGAGCAACGGUUGUUGUCAAUUCAGCUUUCAAGCUAGCAGGCAAGGAGUAUCUCAUCAGGAGCGAGCAGCACAAUGCUGAAACUGACCCUGCUCAAAGCUUUUAUUAUCUAGAAGAAGUAGUACGGUAUGUACGUAGAAAUCAUGGUUAUUACGAAUGCGAACGGAUGCAAGUAAGGUAAAAAACAUUGAGUACAUUUUUUAGGUUCUGACCCUCUCACUUAUGUUAUUGUGUUAAAAUGGUUUCCCAGACUGCAGCAACAGUACUUUCAUUGCUUCGUUUUGUUUCGUAAAUAUUGUAGUAUAGCAUGCGAUCAUUUGUUGUUUUUUCGUGUGUCUGGCGUGAGUGCGACCGCAAGUUGCUUUGAAUCCAUGAUUGCCGUUGGCAUUAUUUUGAUUCUUUCCAACAGUCGAUGUUGGAAAAUUAGAAGAGUGAAAGGACUCUAUCAGCAUGAUCGGACAAAACAAGGACAUUUUCGGUGGCAAUCCGACUGGCGAUUAAGAAUUCGUGUGUGUUUUCUACCAGAAAAAUUUGACAUAAAUGAUAAAAACAACAAUCAAAACGAGGACAAUCAUAGGCAGGUAUUGUUGAAUCCUGGCUUGGAGUGUAAGUUUCCGUGUCCCCCAUUUAAAGUUAUUCGAUUUGUUCAUAAGCUCGGCACUGAUGUUCUGCACAUUGUCCAAUUUUUCUCCCCUGUCCAAAAUAUCAUUGAUGUUUUUCUUCAUUAUGGAUUGAAUUUCACUCAAAUCGUCAUUUAGCUUAGAUCGUUGCUGACGUUCGUCUUGGAAUUCCUUUUGCUUACGCUGGAUGAUUGGGUCGUAAUUGAUGAAUCGGUAGGGACGAUCGGUUUGGUCUACUUCAAUGCGCCACUUUGUUUUGGGUAGAAAAAUGGCCAUUCAGUUUUGAAAUGGUGAGCGAAUUCACAGGCGUAGAAAAUGGAAAAUAGUGAACCAGUUUGCAUCAUACAGUGCCAAAAAUUAGCGCUUAAGACUCACAUUAUUUCCAAACUCUCGGACCAACUCUUGCAGAAUCAAAUCGCAUACUUCAUCUAGGUAUAAGAAUGCCAUUCUCUUCGGAUAUCUCGAUUCUGUCAUGGCUAAAAAACACAAGCUUUCACGAGUCAUAUAAUAAAACGUUUUAUCGCCCGACUCAAUCGACAUUUUGUUCGCCCUAUGUAAAAUUAUUGAGAAAGUUGAAACCCCGUGAGAGACAGGCGAUCCAUUCAAGAGAGACACUUUGUCCCACUGCAUCAUAUCUUUGACUGCGGUAUGCCUUCUAUGCCCACCAAAUAAUAAGGCAGAGUAGAAMAUCAKCAACAAUCUGAAUUUUUUGAACCAAAUCGGUCUACGCACCCUGCAGUUAUUUUUCGCAAGAGAUCUUUUGCCUCCUUUUGAUCACUGUUCGUAACGGGAAUACCCGGGGCUGGGGUUUGAAUGGCGACCAAUGGAAGUCCAUCGGAUAAGCGUGCCACUUGCGUCAAAAGAGGGGGCAUGCUGUUGUGACGGCUUUCGGGAAGCAAUUGUCUAUUCGAUACCUAUGUAUUGAAACGAUGAAGUCAGCGGAACUAGAUUUACACCUUCGCGCCCAGGAGGAGUGGGGGCCUGAGUGCAAUACUCGUACUCGUACUCGUACUCGUAGGAACUCUUAUCUGGUACAACUAGUAUUGUUUGAUGACGAGUAGGAUACACUAAAUGACUUUCUUGUUG